AGAUCAUAACAGCUCAGAUCAUAACCCUCGCCCUCGUCACAGGAUGGCUGAAUCUUAUGUGCGACAUGUGGAACUGUUGGGCUUUGAGAAAAGAUUCUUUCCCAGCCAGCACUAUGUAUACAUGCUCCUGGUUAAAUGGAGUGAUCAGUCUGAAAAGCUGGUGUACAGACGCUAUCCAGAAAUCCACACAUUUCAUAAAGCAAUAAAGGAAAUGUUCCCUAUUGAGGCAGGAGACAUUGACUCAAAGGACAGAAUCAUUCCCACUUUACCAGCUCCUAAAUGGCUGGACAACCAGAAAACGACCGAGACGAGGCAGGUGACUCUUGCUGAAUACUUUCGUUCCCUUCUCAACCUACCAGAGAAGAUCUCUCGCUGUCAGCUUGUUCGGGACUUCUUCAAAAUGCGGCUUGAAGAUGAAACUCCACCAGCACCGCACCCAUACAAAAGAAACGAGACCUUCAUUAUGUCCACAAACAGAGCACGGAGCAACACCACAUCAGAGAUCACGGGGCCUAUUAUGCUGGAGAGCUACAGAGUGAUUGCAGACUACAGCAAGAGCUCAAAGUACGAGCUCACCCUAAAGAUGGGAGACAUGGUGGAUAUUGUGGAGAAAAGCCAAAAUGGCUGGUGGUUUUGUCAGUGUGAGUCCAGGAGAGGCUGGGUUCCUGCUUCAUACUUAGAGCCACUGGAUGGAGCUGAUGAAUCCGAGGAACCAGAGCCUAAUUAUGCAGGAGAGCUCUAUAAAACCAUUAAAGCCUAUAAAGCUGGCGAAGAGGAUGAGCUGACUCUCCAGGCGGGAGAGAUGAUUGAGGUCAUCCAUAAACUUCUAGAUGGGUGGUGGGUGGUCAGGAAAGGAGACGAGACAGGCUUCUUCCCAUCCAUGUUCCUGUGCAGGACGGGAGAGAAGAAAGAGGUGGAUGCUGAGAAGGAUGUGGUCAUGAGAGCAACACCACCACCAAGAAGAUCUACCAUACGCAAUCCCCAGAGCAUCCAUCCUACUGGACGCAAGCGUAUCAGCCAGGACUCCUAUCGGAGACAGAGCCGACGGUUCUUACAGCAGCGAGGAAGACUAAACUCCCAUUCCAGGAUUGUGACACGAUCUCCACUGCAGGAGAGGAAGACAGACAGAGAGAACAUCGCAAAAUCAGGCUCUCCUCAAGCAGAAGAACCGGAUAAAAGUAUCCCAGUCAUUCCUCCUCGGCCCAGUCCUCAGCUCAUCCUGGAGCGCUGCACCGAAAACACAUGCAAGAGAGUCAGCAUACAUGAGGCCGACUGAAAAGAUUCAACAGCACAUGUUAACACUCGAAAAUGUGCUAAUAAUGUUAAUAGGCAUUCAGAUACUUGUAUUUACAAAUAGUCUGUUCAUUCCUAUAGCCCAGAACCUGGUAUAAGCUAUGUUUGUGUAAUGACUUACUGUGUAUAACCCUAUUUUUAAUGUUUUUAUAAACAGUGAUAAAUAAAUAAAUUUGCAAAAAUG